AUGGGAAGAGGAGAAGGUGGAACGAGGACUACGGGAGCUUCUAGGGGAGCCCUAUCUAGGGGAGGUCGUAGCGGGACGACUCAAGUUAGGGGGGCACCAUCUGUUGGAUCGACUGUGACCCCUCAAGUUACAUGUGGGUAUUGUGGUAAAUCCAACCACUCUGAGAACGAUUGCUGGAGAAAGUUGGGAAAAUGCUUACUGUGUGGGAGCACUGAGCAUCAAAUCGCAAAUUGUCCGAAAUCGUCGAAGACAGGGGGAAGCCUGCAGAGGCCUGAAAAAUCAACCUCUAAGCAGACCAGUGCCGGAGGGAGUCGACCGAAGGUACCGGCUAGGGUCUACGCAUUGGACUAUCCACAAGUUCCAGAGGCGACCGAGGUGGUUGAAG